GCGAGGAUGGAGGGUAACAGAUGCACGCAGGUAAGUUCGGAUGUCGGGGUCUCGUCCUCUGAACAUCCGCACAGGGCAGCUCUGAUACUGGCGCGCGGCGGCAGCAAAGGAAUCCCGCUGAAGAACAUCAAGAAUCUGGCCGGUGUUCCACUCAUCGGAUGGGUUCUGAGAGCUGCCUUGGAUUCAGAAGCACUUGACAGCGUGUGGGUGUCCACCGAUCACGAUGAGAUUGAGCGGGUCGCUCAUAUCUGGGGUGCAAAAAUUCACCGACGCAGUCUUGAAGUUUCCAAAGAUUCCUCCAGCUCUCUGGAGACCAUCCAGGAGUUCAUCCGACUGAGACCUGAGGUGGACAUUGUCUGUCAUAUCCAGGCUACGUCUCCAUGCUUGCACCCUUAUCACAUCAGAGAAGCCCUACAGAUGAUCACGGAACAUGGUUAUGACUAUGUGUUUUCAGUGGUGCGCAGACACCAGUUUCGCUGGGAGGAGGGGAACAAGGAAGAGGGUAAGAAUACCACCCCUCUGAACAUUGAUCCAGCAUGCAGACCUCGACGCCAAGACUGGCCUGGGGAACUCUACGAAAAUGGCUCUUUCUACUUCAGUAAGAGGGAAAUCUUGGAAAAUGGAAUGCAAAAGUUGGGAAAGGCCGGCUACUAUGAAAUGCUGCCUGAACACAGCGUUGAUAUCGAUGUGGAUAUAGACUGGCCUGUCGCUGAGCAGAGAGUUCUGAGGUUUGGUUAUUUUGGUCGAGAGAUUACACCUGAGAUCAGUCUGUUUCUGUGUAAUGUGUCUGGCUGUUUGACAAAUGGUCAGAUAUACACAUCGGUUUCAGGACAGGAGAUUGUCGCCAUCAAUGCUCGAGAUCUCACAGGCAUACAGAUGCUGCGGAGGCAAGAUAUAGAGGUGAUCCUUGUAUCCAAUAUUGAGGACCCAGUACCCAGGGCUCUACUGGAGAAGAUUGCCCAGCAGACUGGCUGUUGCUUCAAGUUUGGGAUGAAGCAGAAAGUGCUUGAAGUGGAGCAUCUGAUGAAAAAAAAGAAACUGCGGUGGGAAGAGGUGGCCUUCAUGGGUGCAGAAUCUGAAGAUGUAGAGGUCCUGUCACUGGUGGGACUGAACGCAGUUCCCUGUGAUGCACCUGUGACAAGUCUAAUUGCUGCUAAAUACACCUGUCAAAGGUCAGCAGGUUACGGAGCAGUUCGUGAGUUUGCGGAGUACAUUCUGCAAUUAAAGAAGAAGACAAUGUGCCAGAAGGACCAGGAUCGUAUUGACAGGAAUAAUUUCUAGAACAUUUGCAGCUUCCAGUUUCCUUUAUUCUUUUUUUUGUUUAUGUAUUUUAAUCAGUUUGAAUUACUUAUAUUUUAAAUGUUUUACAAAAACUGAAAAAAAUGCUGCAGAUAUUUCGGUUCAAGCUUAAUCAUGGCAACAACUCAAUGAAAAAAGACAAAAGACACAUUUAUUUUUAAUAAUUAACGGAUAAACAAUUAUUUUGCCACUGUAAAAGAAGGCUGCUACUGUAGGCUGUAUCAUGAUCCAUUGCCGAGCAUCAUAACAAGAGCUUAAGAUCACAUUACAACAGCUUAGAACGUGGCUCGUCCAAUCACAAUUUAGAGUUGGAACUAUCUGU